AUGCCCAAAGCAAUGACUCCAAACGAACUCGCAAGAUCAGGAAGAAGACACAAUCCUCUUGAAGCUGAUUUAGUAGCAAGUGGACCACUGAAAACUAAAUCCGGAAAAAGAAAGUCUAGAAAUGAGGAUGAGGGAGAAAAGUUUGUGGAUUCAAAAUCAUCGCGGAGGAUUUUAAAGAUAGGUCAAGAACUUGCCGAUGAGGACGAAGCCGAAAACCAAGCAGCAAAGCCAAAUGCAGCCUUCAAUUUUGAUUCAAGAUUCGAGGAUGAGGACGAGGAGGAUGAGCCAGAAUUCGGAGGUGAGGAUGGAGAUGAAUGGGGAGAUGAUGAUGAGGUCCCAGAAUUAGUCGAAUUGGCACCAGAAGAUCGCGAUACGUUUGGGAAGUUCUUUCCGGAAAAGGUUGCUCCUCCACAAUCAUUAAAUAACAUUAGUUUUGGAGGGGCGGACCACGACAGUGAGGAUGAAAAUGAAGAUGGACAAGGCACAGAUCUGACCGCAUUGAUUUUGGAAAGGAUUGCUCAAUUUGAGGCGAAACAAUCUGGACAACCUGGAGCAGGUCCCGCUGGUCCUCAGGACGAUGGAUUUUUCGUUCAUCCUAAGGUUUUAGAAGUUUAUACAAAGUAAGAAUUGCUUCUAUCUUCCUUUUCGCAAAAGUACUAACAAGAAAAUAGAAUUGGUUUGAUAUUAUCGCGGUACAAAUCAGGAAAAUUACCGAAACCUUUCAAGAUUCUACCUACAGUACCAAAUUGGGAGCAGAUCCUCGAAAUUACCAGACCAGACAAAUGGACACCAAAUGCUUGCUACGAAGCAACAAGAAUAUUCGUCUCAAGGACUCCAAUUAUCGCACAAAGAUUCGUGGAAAUGGUCCUACUAGAAAAGGUCAGGGAGGAUAUUCAUGAAACCAAUCACUUGAAUGUCCAUCUUUUUAAGGCCUUGAAAAAGGCGCUUUAUAAGCCAGCGGCAUUUUUCAAGGGAUUCCUUUUUCCCUUGAUCGGAAGUGGCACAUGUACACUACGCGAAGCAAGAAUCAUUUCCGGUGUUCUUGUACGAGUUUCUAUUCCAGUUCUACAUUCUGCCGCUGCGAUCAAAGGACUUUGUGACAUUGCAGCUCAAGAAUCAUCAGCCGGGACUGAAGGUGGUGGUGCCACAAACAUCUUCAUCAAGGCUUUACUUGACAAAAAAUACGCUCUUCCAUACCAAGUUAUCGAUGCAUUGGUUUUCCACUUCCUAAGAUUCCGAAGUGUUGACUCAGCUAAUGUUCGACCUGAAGAUGUUGGAUCCGUAAUGGACGGCUUGAACAUGCACAACUCGAAAGAUACGAAAUUACCAGUCAUCUGGCAUCAAUGUCUUCUGUCAUUUGCCCAAAGAUAUAGAAAUGAUAUUACAGAAGAUCAGAGAGAGUCGCUAUUAGAUUUGAUCAAUGGGAAAGGUCAUUCACAAAUUGGUCCUGAAGUUAGGAGGGAAUUGCUUGCAGGACGUGGUCGUGGUGUAGUUAUUGAGGCCGAGGGGCAAGUAGUUGAUGGUGAUGAUACUAUGAUGAUAGAUUAAUUUGUUAAGGAAUCCAAAAAUAGGAAUAAAAUGAACAAUACCCGUCAUCUUUAC